GUUUGAUGCCAGCAAGGACGGUGAGGGCAAUGAUGGGAAGAAGCAGAUCACGGACACGGCACCCGCCGCCAAGACUAAGUUUCCGCCCAAAGCUGCGCCCAAAGCUGUGCCCAAGAUGAAGACUAACCCAGUGUUCCGUGCUAUCAAGAUGAGCGGCCCCACUAACGAGGACAACCCGAGGGUUGAGCUUGUCGCCAGUGACGUCAAGAGCGGCAAUCAAGUCCAUGUGAUGACCGUCAGCCGCAAGCGUCACGGCGCCAAGUUUUCGGCCGCCGCGAAGAAGGUGAAAGUCCAUUUCAGUAGUGAGGAGAAGUUCUUUCGGUCCGACGCUGUCAACAUGCUGACCGAGCUCCUGUCGUAG